AUGGCGCUCGCUGUGAGAGCCGCGGCGGCUCCCUGCCGCCUUGGCCGCAGCCCAGGCCUGCCGCUGCUGGCUCACCGGUUGGCCGUCGCCGCGGCGGCCAUCGCCCUCGGCCCGUUUCAGGAGAUCAAAACAGAGCAGAAUGAUGCUUUAAAAACCGAGGUGUUCGCAUGCCCUGUUUGCUAUGAACCACUGAUAAGGAAAGGCCCGUCAGGCAUGAACCUGCUAGCAAUUUAUAGGUCAGGAUUUAAAUGUUCAAAAUGCAACCAGUCAUUCACCAGGAAAGAUAUCUUCCUGGAUCUCACUGUCACCUCAGGCAUGAAAGAAUACAGUGAACUGAAGCCUGCUAGGACUGAGCUGUUCAGGAGCCCGCUUGUCUCCUUUCUUCAAAACUUCAACCGGAGUGGCUUCCCUGGCCACGAUGAAGAGGUACAUUUCUUGGCUGCUUCAUCCUUCAAUUCCACGGCCUUAAGCUGUUACUUCUCAAUAAUAUUCAUGUUUUGUGGCUUGUUUUCAAGGAAGUUUGUAAGCUCCGGGGCAUACUCAUCUGUGAUUGCUUCGGACUUUUCUGAGAAUAUCCUCCGCCAAUGCUAUGACUACAUCAAACAAGAAGAAACCCCUAUGAACACGAACCUCGCUCUCGUAAGGGCCGAUAUUUCGAGGCUCCCUUUUGCUUCAGGUUCAAUUGAUGCCAUUCAUGCUGGAGCUGCUAUCCAUUGUUGGCCAUGCCCUUCAAAUGCGGUAUAG